GCAACGAGUUCACAUUAAACGAUUGAAACUGGUCGUUCUUGUCAGUGUGGAUUUCCUCUGUAGCGUUUAGACGUAACGAUUUCGACCGCGAAUCUGGUAGUUUAUACUGACGCGUUAUCCUAACUAAAAGUUUCCAACGGUGUCCGUAUUUCGAAACUAAUUCUAAAUUACGUUUAUAUCUAAAUUUGUGCGGUUCCGGACAGGCAGUUGCUGAGAUAACAAGGUGUGUGGCUAUAGCAUGGUGGUUCUAAGACCUCUUCUUGUCGGAGUUACUGUUAUAUUUUUGGAUGUAACACUAUGCAGAAAUUGCACGAAGAAUUUGGCUAAAGGAAAACCGGCCUACCAAAGUUCCAUCUACCAGACGCGCAAUGCCAGCCUUGUUGUGGAUGGUAACUAUGAUGACGACUACCACCAUCGGAGUUGUAGCCAUACAGGAUGGGGUCAGGGUCAAUGGUGGCUGGUGGAUUUACAAACCACGGAGAGGGUGGCUGGUCUAAUUAUAACAAACCGUGGCGACUGCUGUCCUGACCGUUUGAAUAAUUUCGAGGUGAGAGUUGGAACCUCUUUUGCGGAUAGUGCAUCAUUCACCCAGUACAAACUCUGCGCCAGUUACCCGGGGGUGGCACCUGUGGGGAACACAUCUCUGUCCUGUGGGUCACCACUGACAGGACAAUAUGUGUUGAUUAUUAAAGUUGGUAGUGACGAUGAUCCAUUGCAGCUUUGUGAAGUGGAAGUUUAUGGUAUUACACGUUCAACUACGUUCAAACGAACAGCAGCAGGUGUUCGCGCACCCCUUGUGCCCUUGUCCAGUCUGAAUGUCCGCAGCCGCAGGGAAUGCAGCAUCUCCUGUAUGAAACAGUGGAAGUGUGUGGCCAUAAACGUUCUCUGUUCUGGAAAUGACCAAUGUGUCUGUGAACUUCUGCCCAGUACUGCCCAGUACGGCGACCUGCUUCCAGAUACUGGUUAUGACUAUUAUGAAGACAAUUGCUUGGGGACAGUGUAGAACGAGACUAAUGAAUGUGGCUAAAUCACUUUCAAAAAUACCCCAGGGAAGCAUCCAUGACUAUUCCCAGAGAUUUAGAUCGAUCUAGAGAUUAAGAUUUAGAUCGACCUAACUCCCUGGGGGUUCACGCUAAAU